AUGCCCCUCUUCGGCUCCUCCGAGAACCUCCUUCGAGCCCUCAAGAGUGGCUCCGUUCUCUCCUCCGACCUCGAGCGGGUGGUCAAGCCCAAUGUCACCUUCCUGCGGGAGUGCGGGCUAGGUGCUUGCGAUAUUGCCAAGCUCUACGCACACACGCCAUCCCUGCUCAGCAUCAGCAUCGAACGCAUCCGGACAGCAGUGGCGUGCGUCGAAGGUUUUGGUGUACACCGUGAAUCGCGGAUGUUCAGACAUGCGCUGCAAGUUGUUGCAUUCCUCAGUGAGGAGAAAAUCGCCACCAAGGUAGAGCACUUGAAGAAAAUGUUCAGGUGGUCGGAUGCCGAGGUGGGCAUUGCUUUUUCUUACGCUCCAACAUUGCUAAGGAGGAGUAAAGAAUCGCUGCAGCGCAGGUCCGAGUUCUUCAUCUCUGAGGCGGGGUUUGAGCCGUCAUACAUUGCUCAUCGUCCAGCAAUGCUCACGUACAGCUUGGAGGGCCGCGUCAGACCCCGGUACUACAUUGUAAAGUUUCUCAAGGAAAAUGGAUUGCUAAAUCACGACCGGGACUGCUAUAAAACACUCAUUAUCAGCGAGAAAGAAUUUGUGGAGAAGUUCAUAUGCCCUCACAUGGAAGCUGCACCACACCUUGCUGAAGACUAUGCAACUACCUGCGGAGGGGAAGUCCCCGCCAGGUUCAUAUUUGCAUGA